GCAUGCGCAAUCAUCAGCAGCAGCUAGGCUUCACCGCCAUUCACCCUUUUCAGCCCCGGUUGUUGACAAGACAGGAUGCAACUGCGACCAUCCCUGUGGAGCUGGAAUUCUGAUGUGGGCUGUUCGAAGGAAUUUCUUGACAACUUGAAACCUGGAGUUCGUGUAAAACGAGGUCCACAUUGGAAAUGGGGUAACCAGGAUGGCGGCAAUGGUAACUUAGGAACUGUAACAAAUCAGAAAACCUCAAAUGGAUGGGUCUCAGUGCAAUGGGACGUUGGACACACAAACCUCUAUCGAGUUGGUUACGACAAUAGUUGUGAUUUGAUUAUUGUUGGUCACAAUUAUACUCAAUGUAUUGUCCAACCACAAAAUGAUACACUCAACACUUCACUUAUUUUCCCAAGCGACAAAAUACCCUUAAUUUCAAAUGUAUUCCACUACUGUCAAAGAAAACUCACAAGUUCAAGGAGCGACAGAAUUAUUUCCUUCACACUCUUGUGGUAUAGUGAAGUUUCAUGCAAUAUAACAGUUUAUGAGGGAUCUAACAACAAAGGUGAAAAUUAUGGAAAUGCUUGUCAGAAUAAAAUUGGUACCUACCACUCCAGAAAUGAUAGCCUUUUUGUUGAGUUCUCUUUAGAAAAGGAAACUGAUGAAGUAGGAUUUAUGGCCAGCAUCCAAAGUGAAGAACCAGAAUGUAAAGAAUCGUAUAACAAGUUUAUAAGUGGAGGAGAAAGUGGAUAUAUACAACCGCCAUAUAGCAACAUUACAUUGAUAACUCCGCUAAAAUGCCAAUGGACCCUAACAACUAACAGUAGUCAUGUUUUUGAAAUUAAUUUGGUUAAGUUUGAAGAGUUGAGUUAUCUUGAUAUCUAUGAUGGAAAUACUCUUAUUGAGCAUCUGAAUCAUGAAAUCCAACAAUACACAACAAAGUCUUCCAUGCUAGAUUUAUUCUACAACAAGCCAAAUACAUUCAGUUCUGGUUUCAUUAUCACUUACAAAACUAUUCCUAAAGCAAAAGCAGGCUGUCUAGAAAAUAAAGUGUACAAACAUCCUGGAAUUAAGGAUCAGUUUAUGAUAUCAACAGUUAGUGCAACUAAUCACAAAUUGUCAGAUUAUUGCUAUUUCACUCUUCAGGCAGAUGAAUCUACCUACAUUGAAUUAGAUUUACAGCGACUUGAUAUUAACAGCUCAUGUCUACCAACUUAUCUUGACAUGACAAUAAAUAAUCGUGAGUUCUUCUUAUAUACUUUUAUUCUUUUAGUGGCUUUGGUGAUUGGAAUGUAA